CACAAAGUUAUUUGCAACAUAAAUUACAAAAAUACAUUUAAUACAGAUCUUCCUUUUGUUUAAAGUUUUAGUCGGUUUUCCCGAAUACCCUUUGUGGGCCUCAUUCGUCGCCAUUUUCUAGGAUAAUGAUAGCUUGGUAGAGAGACGCAGAGAAUGAUGCUGCAGAGUUUUGAGACUUAACUUGGUAUUCUCAGGCGGUCUUCCUCAUUUUCCCUAAAUUGAAUACAAUAUUCCAUAAUUCCAUCGAUGUCAUUUUACUGGUAGAUAAAUUGACACUACUAGAAACUCUGCGUCCGAAACUGGAUUCACCAAUACAAGCAAACUUCCAGAAAUUUUGAGUAUUUUGAAAACUUACAUCGCAGAAGCAGGGAGUCAGAAGACCAAACGUUUCUAGUGUGUGGAGUAAUCACAAAACCAAACAUAUAGUGUUUGUUAGCCCAACGUCAAGGAGUUAUCACAACACCAAACAUUUAUAGUGUUUGUUAGCCCCCCCCCCUCCUCAAGUAGAGAUGCCACCUCCAGACAUGGAUGUGAUCAAGGAGGUACCUGGAUACAAGGUCAUACUGAAGGCAGUCCUCAAGAGUCAGAUACAACAACUGGUGGAGCAGCUUGCUGAGCACACAGAUGAGGAGUCGGUCAUUCUCACGGCCAGUGUUGCAGACGGCACUCUCAGCCAUCUUGGAUCCGAGUCAGGAAAGUCGUACCUCGACGAUCAUGAGGAUGUCAAGUCCUCAUUCCUCGGAUUCUGUCUCAAAAAGCAUCACAUGAAGCAGCUGAUGGAGAAGGACCGACAACAGCAGCAACAACUGGCUGCCCUGCAGGCCUCCGCCCAACUGUCCCAGCUACCCCCUCACCUCUCAAUGAUCCCAGGCAGGGACCGCCGGAUGUAUCCGGGACACAUGGGGAGCCCACGGCAUGCCAGCGUAAGGGCCGGCGUGAGGCAUGAACCAUAUACGACGACACGACCUCGGCACUCCAGCCCUAGACACAACAGCCCACGACACUCCAGCCCUAGACAGAGCAGUCAGACUGCGGGCCAGGCGGUCGUGAAAUCAGAACCAGUGGACAUUGUUAACAAUGAUUCGAGUAAUGGUGCUACUAAAGACAAUGAUUCACAAGAAACGUCAGUGAAAAGCUUAAAAGACCAUGAUGAAAACUCACCAUCUGUGACUGAUGAACAAGGUCGGGAAAAUAAUUCAGAUAAUUCAAACGACCAAGAAAGCUCUCGGACUAGUGGGGAAAUACGAGACAAAGACCCCAAUGUCAGUGUUAAGCUUGAAGAAGAUGGUGAAUCAAACUCUGAACUGGAAAUAACUGGAGUGGAACCGGGUCAGGUACCGGCUGGUUCCCAAGACUCCUGGGAUCCCAACGUUUCCAUGGGUAUGGCCUUCGACACAAGUGGCCUGGGGGAUACGACGACCAACCUGAGCGCCGACCAGAGCUUCAUCACUGGAGCAGAAAACACCUCGGCAGAGGAAUGUACUGCAACAUCAUCCUUCUUCGGGGUGGAUAGUUACCCGUCGCCCUCGGAUACGACCUGUGACCUCUCCGGUGACCCCGGUGGCAUGGACUGUGAGCCCCCCAGGCGGCGAUUCAAGGCCGUGUCAGACCGCUCCUUGGAACAGCUGAAGCUGCCCAACACGGGCAAGACUACCGACCGGCAGACCAAGUGGGCUGUACGACUGCUCAAAGCCUGGAUGUCAGAGACAGGGUACGAGAGCACCUGCUUCGAGACUCUGGACCCCAAUCAGCUAGAUCUGCUGCUCCAAAAGUUCUACGCCGCCCUGCAGACCAAGGACGGUAGUGACUACAGCAAGGCCGCCCUGACCGGGAUACGGGCUGGCCUGCAGCGAUAUCUCACCUGCCCCCCACUUGCACGCAAACUGAACCUCAUGAGGGACACAGAGUUCCUGCCCUCAAACCAGGUCCUCAUGGGCCUGAUUAAACUGUUGAAGAAGGAAGGCAAGAAUGUUCAAAUGAGGAAGGAACCGAUUUCUGACGAGGACUUGACGCGGUUGUAUGAAAGUGGAGUGUUCUCUAAUGAUACUCCAUGUACCUUGCAGAAUAAGGUGCUAUACGACAUUAUGUGCUACUUUGGGAUUAAAAGUCAUGAGCCGCUGCAAGAGUUGAGGAAAGACUCUUUCAUCAUCGUGAAGAAUCAGAAAGGCCAGCAGUAUGUACGCAUCACUGCACAGGAGCUGGAUAGGCUUCAUCUGAAGAAGGGGAAGGAACUGCGUAUGUAUGAGACGGGAGAUGCGUUCUGUCCCGUUGAGUCGUUCCAGAAGUACCUGUCCAAGCUGCAUCCCCAGGCAACCAACUUCCUCCAGAGGCCCAUACAUAAGUUUGCGCCUGGGAAGCAGGUCUGGUAUGAUCCCAAGCACUUGGGCAUCAACUGUCUGGGGGGCUUUAUGUCACGACUGUCACGGGAGGCUGGCCUGAGUCAGAGCUACAGCAAUUAUUGUGUGCGGGCACUGGGAGAGGAAAUAUGAACCAACACCAAUGAUAGGCUGUGUGCGGGCAUUGGGAGAAGAAAUAUGAACCAACACCAGUGAUAGAGAUAGAAUACAGCAAUUACUGUGUGAGGGCAUUCAAAGGUAGGUUGAGGAAAUAUGAACCUACACCAGUGAUACUAAGGCUGUGUGCGGGCAUUGGGAAAGGAAAUAUGAACCAACACCAGUGAUAGGCUGUGUGUGGGCACUGGGAGAGGAAAUAUGAACCAACACCAGUGAUAGGCUGUGUACGAGCAUUGGGAGAGGACAUAUGAACCAACUCCAGUGAUUGGCUGUGUGUGGGCAUUGGGAGAGGAAAAAUUAACCAACAGAAUUGACAUGGAUAGAAAGUUACUUUUUUAUCUAAGAUUGCCAGAUGGGGGAAUAUCUCUAGUACUUUGUUUGUUUUGGCCUAAGAGUAAUUAGACCAGAACCAAGCACAUGUCAUAAUUAUCUUAUGCUUAUUUUACUUGAACAAUAUCAGACAAGGCUAUAAAUCUGCUGUCAUGAUUCAAGGCAGUAUGCCCUUUGAUGAGCUUCAAUCUUCAAGCUAAUUAAAUGUGAGACUGGAAGACUGUUUCAAGCUUUUUAAAAACAAGCUAAUUAAAUGUGGGAAGACUGUUUCAAGCUUUUUAAAAACAAGCUGAUUAAAUGUGGGAAGACUG